AUGAGCAACCUUCUCCACAAUGAGUCCAUGGCUGACGAGUCCUCUGAUAUUGAAGGAUCCGCUUAUCCAUCAAAGAAAAUCAAGACUGAGCAUGAUACUGAUGAUAUGGCCACGGAUGAAGUCGAAUCUGGUCACCGUCUCUCGGACCUACAGACACUAUUCUCCAAGGGCAAGGGUGGCCGUAAGGUUGGGAGUGGUGCGGGCCAGAAGAGAAAGCAACCGAGCCAGUAUUCACAGAACAAAUCUACGGAGUAUCAGCAGAUGACCUUGGAAGAAAGAACCAUUGCGGAAAGCUUGGUGGCAGUAGAACUCAAUGAGACUAGAACACAAUCAGGCUACUCGCGAGAGUUCAUCCGGGCGAAGCUGGCGGCUGAAAAGGCCAUCUUGGAAGAGAAAUCAGGUCGCCAGGCAGACUUUCUCGUAGCUCAUAGUAAGCUUGCUCAUGAGAAGCCUGAGCAUGAGCUAUUCUGGGACGAUACUGAUGGUGAAGAUGAAGAUCAAGCUCCGAUCGAUUCCGUCAAGAGAGGCAUGAUUGACGAGAUUAAAGAUGAUACUACUAGUAUUCAGCAGGCUAUUAAGAUGGCAUAUCUUGAUGUACACUCUUGGGACUUUGACACUCCUGAGCGCCUUAAGGGCACUCAAGCACCUCUAGAUAUGGCCUCAGCGGCCGAGGCUGCUGAAAAUCGACGAAGCCAUGACCCGAGUAAAAUGUCUCGCAGUUACCAGAUGUGGAUCAUGUUCAAAGACGGAUGUGAGCAAAACCUCGCGGACCUGGCGAACAAAACCAGACUGUGA